CUCGAGGGACCCGGAAGGGUUUCUCUCUCUAUCUCGCAAGCAAGAAGGAGGGUUUUAGCUUCAUGGCGUCGUAUAGUUGCGAGGAGGUAAUGCCCAUGGAGGUUGCGAUUCAGAGAGAAUUAGCAUUUCAAAGAAGAAGAAGAAGAAUAGAUGGACAGCCGUUUCAAUCUCUUUUUGGUGUGGAACUACUCUCCGACUCUCCAUCUCUUCCAUUUCCUCUCCCUCAACCUGCAAUUGCUGAUUCCUUCCUCCUUCUCGAGAGAGAUCUCCCCCGCAAGAGGCUCCAAGAAGCCGCCGCUGCCGCUGUCGCUGCUGCUGGAGCGAGGGCUACCUUGGAGGUCAUUCCUUUCAAAGUCGCAAUGCAGAGGGAGUUAUUGUUCCGAAGACGAGCAGAGAGAGGGCCUUUGCAGCCUCGCAGUGCUUCUGGACCACCCAAUCUGAAUGUUGCUCCACAUCUCAUCUCCGACUCUUCCAAUAUUCCGGAAGAAGCAACAAAUGCGAUCGGUCCGAAGGUUUUUCAAAUUGAGAGAGCGCUGCCGCGUUCUCAUGGGGACCACGCAUUAUCAUAUUCAGGUGCGGCUUCUGAUUCGCCAAAUGCAAUGGUGGGUCCUAUUGCUGUUGGGAGAAAACCUGCAUGCAAGGGGUUGCUAGAAAAGGCAGCUGCCGUAAAGCCUCUAAUUGAAAGGAAGUUGCAAUCUCGCAGCCAUGUUGGAGAGUCUUCAUCUACUUCUUCUCAGGGGCUGCCUCCAAUGGAUCUUGUGGGAAUGAAGAGGAAAGUCAUGGCAGGGGACACUACAUUCCAGCAACGGUCCUACAAUCAACCGCGGGCUCUUUCCCAACAGGCAGGCAGUCUAUUUUGCAAUCUCUGCCAGGUGAGCUGCUCAAGUGUAUUUAACCUCUAUCAACACCAUCAAGGGAAGCAACACAAGGCCAUGCUGGAGAAGCCGAAGAAAGUCAAGGAAAAAAUAAUUGGGCAAUUCUCUUGCGAUGUGUGUAAAAUCUCAUGUUCAGACAUGUCAUCACUAGUGCAGCAUAGGGCAGGAAGGAAGCAUGCUGCCCAGCUCCAGGCAAUCAAGGCCCAGAAGAAGCCAAGGCAAUGAAGCUGCAGACGUAACAUGAGAUGCUGGGUUUCAUAGAAAUAUGAGGUGAAAGAAAGAGAAAAGCCGGGGGAGACCUAGGGCUGAAAAUGAGAUGCUGAGAGCAACUCACCUCGUAAGAACAAACACAACCUUCUUCUAUCCUUGAGUCCAGUCCAGUGUUUCUUGUCGCCUUGAAUGUCUUCUGUAAAUUGGUCCUGUCCAAAUCAAAUGUAAAGCUCGUGUUUGUUCAAGUUUUGAAAUUUCAGAAGAAACCAUGGUUUUGCUUAAAAUAUGGAAAUGUUGCA